AUGGCUACCAAGGCACGUAAGGUUCCCCAAAACGAUUGGGACCGUCAUAAAGAGACAAUUCUAAACCUUUUUCUUACUCGUGAUCUCUCCAUUGACGAAUUAGUCCAAACCAUGGAUAGGGAUCAUAGGUUCUCUGCCACCGUUUCGCAAUAUGAAGCUCAAUUCAGAGCCUGGAACGCUCGCAAGAACCUGAAAGUCCACGAAUGGGAGGGGAUCUUCGAGAUAAUCGACCGCCUAUCAUCUCAGGAUAUUCAAUCCAGAGUUGUUAUUUCAGGUCACCCCGUGUCGGUGGACAGAGUUCAUCGGGCAAGACGCCACUGCAAUAGAGAAACCCGCCUUGGAAAGCGUCGCAGAGUAGAAACAGACCUGUCUGACGCGUCAGAUGGUCACAGGACCAGUGAUACCUUUAUCGAAGUUCAAAAUUCAAGCGGUGAAUGGUGUCAAUAUACAAGUUCAACACACCAGAGUGGCCCUGAUAGGACAGCUGAGUUCGUCAACCAAGAUCUGAUUGACAACGACGAGUUCAAUCAAUCUAGGCCUGUACAUGAUAACGACCCGGACCGCCAACAUCCCCAAAAUUUGCCGAGUGGUUCUCCAUGGUCAUUCUCGUUCCACACUCCCGAGUUUAUGUCUAAUGGUUGGUUAGAAUUUAACGAAGGCGAGAAUCCUGCAUAUCCCAUGGAUCCUCCGAUUGUUCCCGAACUACAAGUUACGCAGGCCAUAAUUCAGGACGAAUCCAAUGAAGAUAUCAUUUCUCCAGGUGCCGAGAUGGUAACCUCUCCCUUGCGACUAGAUUCCCCAGGUCGGUUUUAUCUUGGGACACUGUCCAUAAAUGACUUGCCGUUUGAGCGGUUCGAACGGGACUCUGCAUCAGAACGCCUUAUUCUAGCUUUACACCCAUCUCCAUGGCAGGACUCCGCGCUAUUAUCCGGAACACAAACUUUAGUAACGAAAUUUGUUGUCGAAGUCGCUACUGCUAUGUCGAAAACCAACGGGAACACCCCUGCUCGGAAUGUCAACCAAGCAUGGUUUACAUUACAAAAGUUACAAUCCAUUAUUUCUAAACCUCAACAGGAACCUGGGUAUACCAGUUUGGCUCAGUCUUCGUUUAUGAUGUCUGACGUUGAACUAUAUCGAAUUCUUCUAUUCUCAAUCGCAAACGGAUUUAUGGGUCUAGAUGGUAUAUCUCUUAGAUUGAUGUUCAGGUUUCUCAAUGAGAAUAGCAAUAUCAACUCUCUAUUGUCACGCUGGUUCCAGGGAACUUCAGAACACUUUGCAAAAGGACUUGCAGAAAAGCUAUUCCUAGCAGCAAUAGAAGCUGGGAACUAUCAAGCAACUCGAUUCUUUCUCGAAAAGCACUUAGUAGAUGUUAAUAAUACGUUCUACUCCGCGGGGGACCGAAAGCAGACACCACUAGAGCGGGCGGCUCAACUCAGAGAGCUAACGGUAGUUCGCGAAUUGCUUCGAUUCAUGCCAAAUGUGAACGAAACGGCCCCCGAUGCACGUAACUGGAUAGAACUGGCCUAUAAUACCGCCCUGGACUAUUUAAUUGACGUCUGUGUAUAUGUAAAAUGUCCAGAUGGGUCCUUGGUUCAGAAAAAGCGCGACCUCGUACUCGACUCGGAAUACAUGAAAACUCUGGACACUCUGAUAGAUAGAGUCGGAAGGGUAUUUCCUUCUGUGAUCCUGAACUCGCCUGGGAAAUUUAGGGGAAUAAACUUCAUCAAGAAGCUCCUGCCUAAACUUGCACCAUCUGAUUAUUCCGAGGCUAUUUCUGGAGGCCUCUUUCCUUCUAUCAUCGAAAAGCUUCCGGCUGAGGACGCCCUGGAAUCUGUUACUAAGAUCAUAUCCGACUGUGAGAAAACAAAUUAUAAGGAGUACCUAAGUCGUUUCCCAAAGCAGAUGAAUUGGGCAAUCAUUUCCGCUGCUAAACGAGGCUAUAUUCGACUCGUUCAACUUCUUUUCCAUCAUGCCGAAUCGUUAACUCAAAUCCUGAGCGCAGCAAUUAGAGGUGGUAAUGACGAACUUAUCGAGUUCGUGCUUGCUCAAAACCCUAGUUUCUGCGAGACGUCUGCGGAGUUAAUCAAUUUUGAGUUGGGUGUUAACAGAAUCAACAACCGGCACAUAUUCAAUAAGCCACGUAAUAUGCCUCAAAUAUGGGAAUAUACAACACCGUUAGCCGAAGCAAUCGAUGCAAAAUACGAAGCGCUUAUUAGAAAGCUGGAAGAUAAAGGCGCGCUUGAAUACCUCGACGAUAAGCUUCCUAUGUAUAGCCCUAUUAAACUUAGUAGGUUCGAGAGCGUGGUUUGUGCCGCAUCGAGGGUAGGAAACAUUGCAUAUCUAAGAAAGCUAUUAACUAUCAAUACGCAGAUAAGGCCAGAGGCUGCAGUGUAUUCACUAUCAGUGGCAGUGGAAUAUCGGCGUGAAGACAUAAUUAGACUUUUACUCGACUCGGGAAUUUACUUAGGUGAUGAAAUUCGUGCACAUGAUAAGUAUGGAUUUAUGAUAUGGCUCUAUGAAUGGAAUAAGCCGCUUUUUUUUGAUAUCCGACUUGCCUUCCCGAGGUUUCGAAUCAACUCUGAUACCCCCCGCUCGAGGCAAAAUCUGAUGUCGGCGUCUCUGCGCACACUUGACUUCUUUUGUCAGCAGAAUUUAUUCGACGUUUCUAUUCCAAUUCCCUUGAUGGAAGUGGCAAUUGCACGAGGCGAAGGCUCAAUAAUUAGGCAUCUUUGCAGAGGAGGAAUAGAUGGAGAUAGCCUAUAUGCGCUCGUAGGAGCCACAAAGGGGCGCCCGGAUAUGCUUCGCAUGCUCUUAACACAGGUCCCACCGACUCAAGAAUGUAUCCAUAGAUAUGGAACGUGGGCUGUCACAAAGGUAAUCAAGGGCGGCGAUAUAGAAUCCUUGGAUAUCCUUCUUACCUGCAAGGCUAUUGAUUUCAAAUUUAUACUGGCCAGAGAUUAUACGCCUCUAACAGUUGCGAUCGAAACCGAUGCAGCUGGCCACGAUCCCCAAUUCCCGUUUACGACGAGACUCCUCCAUGCGGGUUGUGACCCUAACGAACUUGUGCCUACGUUUUUGAACAUGCAAACUGAGGAAUAUUUCAACUUAACACCGCUACUCAGAGCAAUCAAGACGGGAAACAAGAACCUGGUGCAGUUCCUCAUAGACCGAGGCGCCCGUGUCAACAAAGAAGCUACCCAUGGGAUAAGACAGACUCCCAUACAAGCUGCAGCGGAAACUGCCGAUCUUGAUAUGUUCGAGUUGCUGCUUCGAAAUGGCGCGGAUAUAAACGGGAAGCCCUCGACUCGUGGUGGUGGUACAACUCUGCAGUUCGCGGCGAUGGGCGGUAACUGUAACAUUGCUGCACUUUUAAUUGAUAGGUAUCUCAGUACCUUAUAUGAUCCCCCAUCCACAUUCGACGGACGAUGGCCACUAGAAGGCGCGGCCGAGCGCGGCCGGCUGGAUAUGAUCCAGUUCCUCUGGAACGCUAGUCUUGGUGGUUUUCCUAUUGAGCAAUGUCGCAAGGCAAUAAAACUCGCGGAGAAGAACGGGCAUAGAGCGUGUAGGGACUUGGUUCGGGGAUUGGUGACUUCGAGUGAAAACAUGCUUACACUUGGAAAUUCAGGGUGA